CGGGCCCGCCUCAGCCGGCAGCGGCGGGAGUAGCGCCGCGCUGCGCCGCACCGCGGGCAGCGAGCUCCGCAUUCGAACCUCCCUCGCAAAGACUGUCUCCGCCCCACAAUGCACCGCGGCGGGCAGCCUUUGAAAAAGCGGCGCGGCUCGUUCAAGAUGGCGGAGCUCGACCAGUUGCCUGACGAGAGCUCUUCAGCGAAAGCCCUUGUCAGUUUAAAAGAGGGAAGCUUAUCUAACACAUGGAAUGAAAAGUACAGCUCUUUACAAAAAACACCUGUUUGGAAAGGCAGGAAUACAGGCUCUGCUGUGGAAAUGCCUUUCAGAAAUUCAAAACGAAGUCGGCUCUUUUCUGAUGAAGAUGACAGACAAAUAAAUACAAGGUCACCUAAAAGAAAUCAGAGGGUGGCAAUGGUUCCACAGAAAUUUACAGCAACAAUGUCAACACCAGAUAAGAAGGCCUCACAGAAGAUUGGUUUUCGAUUACGUAACUUACUCAAGCUUCCCAAAGCACAUAAGUGGUGCAUAUAUGAGUGGUUCUACUCAAAUAUAGAUAAACCACUUUUUGAAGGCGACAAUGACUUCUGUGUGUGUCUAAAGGAAUCUUUUCCUAAUUUGAAAACAAGAAAGUUAACAAGAGUAGAAUGGGGAAAAAUCAGGCGGCUUAUGGGGAAACCACGGAGAUGUUCUUCUGCAUUUUUUGAGGAAGAGAGAUCAGCAUUAAAACAGAAACGGCAGAAAAUAAGGCUCUUACAACAAAGGAAAGUUGCGGAUGUUUCACAGUUCAAGGAUCUCCCAGACGAAAUUCCUUUGCCCCUGGUUAUUGGAACCAAAGUUACAGCACGAUUACGUGGUGUUCAUGAUGGUCUGUUCACUGGACAGAUAGAUGCUGUGGAUACCCUUAAUGCUACUUAUAGAGUAACUUUUGAUAGGGCAGGGCUUGGAACUCAUACUAUCCCUGACUAUGAAGUUCUUAGUAAUGAGCCUCAUGAGACGAUGCCUAUUGCUGCCUUUGGACAAAAACAGCGACCUUCUCGAUUUUUUAUGACUCCACCACGGUUACAUUAUACUCCUCCUCUCCAGUCACCAAUUACAGAUAAUGACCCCUUAUUAGGACAGUCACCUUGGAGAAGUAAAAUUUCUGGCUCUGACACAGAAACGUUAGGUGGUUUUCCAGUAGAGUUCCUUAUCCAAGUGAAAUCAUAUUCCAUGCCCAUUGGAAUUGAAUUUCAGCGGAGAUAUGCAACGAUUGUUCUAGAGCUUGAACAACUGAACAAGGACCUAAACAAAGUUUUGCAUAAAGUUCAACAGUACUGCUAUGAGCUUGCUCCAGACCAAGGGCUCCAGCCUGCAGAUCAGCCGACAGAUAUGAGACGAAGGUGUGAGGAAGAAGCACAGGAAAUUGUUCGGCAUGCAAAUUCCUCAACAGGACAGCCCUGUGUUGAAAAUGAAAAUCUGACAGACUUAAUCUCCAGGCUUACAGCUAUUUUGUUACAAAUUAAGUGUCUGGCAGAAGGAGGAGACCUGAAUUCCUUUGAAUUUAAAUCACUUACAGAUUCAUUAAAUGAUAUCAAGAGUACAAUAGAUGCUUCUAAUAUCAGUUGCUUUCAGAAUAAUGUAGAAAUUCAUGUUGCACAUAUUCAGAGUGGCCUGAGCCAGAUGGGAAACUUACAUGCCUUUGCAGCAAAUAACACCAACAGAGACUGAAUAGAAGAUUUAAUUAUUCCAAUUGCAUAGGACAUUGUUUUUGAGAAGUUCUCUUCCUUUAUAUAGGCUUCCAACACCAAAUAACCUAACUGCUGGAAAAGAAGAGAAAUUUAAAUCUCCAAAUAAGGCAUUUUAAUAUACUGUACUGCUUCUUAAACCAGCAUUGCUGACCAGCAUUAUAUUUAUUUUUCUUUUAUUAUUCAGCUGCAGUAGCACUGCUUAUGUUACAUAUGUUUAUUAGCAAGUACUUUUAAACUGAAAAUGUCUGAACAUAAUAUAAUUUCAUGGAAGAAUAUGUUGACCAUCUUUUUAACGUGCAUGAAUUCAACCCAACCCAUGCAGACAACUACUGCAGUGGAGAACGUGAAGAAACAUGGCCUUUUUGUGCAUUAUGCAUGGCAAUGUGGAAAUUCCAUCUAGAAAAUUACAACUCCAGUUCAUUUAGUUGAUCACCGCCUCAGUCUUCAAAAGAUAACAUCAUGAGAUAUGGGAAGUCCUCAUUUUUAGGAAGCCACUGGAAUAUAGGUGGGAAAUAUGGACUUUACAAGUAUAUAUGAUAUAUACUUGCAAUGUGACAUGGUUCUAUAGAUCAUUUUAUAAUAAUAAAUAUUUUAAUUUAUCAUAAUUUAUAAAAGAAACCUUUGUUGUUUGUCUGUUGAAAGAAAAUGAAGGAGCAGGAAAGAAACAUUACUGCAAGAUGCUUAAAUUCAGCAAAUGGAUUUUGCAUGUCUCUUCCCAUCAAGUCAGGGGGAGAUGUGCUAUUGUUAUGGGAUUUAUUUUUAAAGAAAAAAGACUGAUAACACACUAUUUUCAUAUUUUUUGUUUAUUUGCACAACUCAUGAACCAGAUUACUGGUUAAAAUCCAACAGUUACACAAUUUUUAAAGUAAAAAGAUUUUAUAAGGAAAACAAAUAUAAUAGCCAGUGCUAGGAAAUGGAGAAAAAGGUUUGUAUUUGGUUGUGGGCUUUUUUGGGUUUUGGUUUUUUAAGGAAAACCCUGCCUAAGAUGUUAAUCUUGUAAAAAGUGUGUAUUUGGAAUUUUCUCUGUUUUAAUAUAGAACAUUGUAAAGUCAAAAUAAAAUAAAUUGUUUUCAUAUUUGGAGUUUAAGAUAUAGCUGUAGAAGUGGCUUUGAU